AUGUCAGGACUAUACGACAUGUGUGCAAUCGGAGUGAACUCUCUGCUAACCGGAUACUUUUGGUUGAUCGGUGCAAACUACUGUCUAAUGCCGUUACUGAUGUACGUCGCUGGAGCAAUCGGACUCGGUCUGUGGUGUGGCGCAUGUAUGAUUUGCUUCGUUCUGGUAAUCAAUCGAUUGCUCGAUCUUUGGGAUAAACAGAUGAUGGAACUGUUGUUCAAAGAUAACCGUACCUACGUUGUCCUGCUGAUUCCAUUCUGCUACAGUAUCUACUUCAUCUUUUUCACUGAACCACUCUUUUUCAAUUCGGAUCAUACUGCAUGGUUUUUUAGCCCAUUCGUAGAGAAGAAUAACAUCGGCGAGUUUUUCAAUUAUCCUCACACAGCCAACAACCUGCUCAUAGUUGUACUCACUUGUUUACUGUAUGUUCAAUAUUCAAGAGUACUUCUAAAGCACUCCAGAGGAGACAGAGGACUGUCAUGGGCACAGAAAUCGUUCUUCUUACAAUCGUCAUCAAUCUGUAUGGCAAAUUUGAUUGCGGCUCUGAUCUAUGUGUAUAUGCAAUUCUUCCCAACGCCCUCAUACUUCGUCCUUAUUGGUCACAUCUGCUGGCAGCUCGGACACGGAUUCCCGGCAAUCGUCUACCUACUUCUGAAUCGAACAAUCCAGCGUGAGGCGCUUCUAAUGCUGGGACUUCGUAAAAGUCGGAAUCUGGUAAGCCCGAGCCCUGCCAUCCAGUCUAAAACGGUGGCUACUUCGGAUGCUGUUUGA